CCGCAAGUGCGAGCAGCGGCGGCCGCCGAGGCGCGGGUGGUGCAGGCGGCGGCGGCGGGAGCGCGGGGCCGGAGGAGGCGGGGAAGAUGGACCCGGCGCCCUCGCUGGGCUGCAGCCUCAAGGAUGUGAAGUGGAGCUCGGUGGCCGUUCCGCUGGACCUGCUGGUCAGCACUUACCGACUGCCCCAGAUCGCGCGGCUGGACAGCGGAGAAUGCAUAGAAGGGCUGCGGGAAAAUGACUACCUUCUGAUUCAUUCGUGCCGUCAGUGGACCACCAUCACUGCCCAUAGCUUGGAGGAGGGGCACUAUGUCAUUGGGCCAAAGAUAGAGAUUCCGGUACAUUAUGCAGGGCAAUUCAAGCUGCUGGAACAAGACCGAGAUAUAAAGGAGCCAGUGCAAUAUUUCAACAGUGUGGAGGAGGUGGCUAAAGCAUUUCCUGAACGCGUGUACGUCAUGGAGGAAAUAACAUUCAACGUGAAGGUUGCUUCAGGUGAAUGCAAUGAAGACACCGAAGUUUACAACAUCACCCUUUGUACGGGGGAUGAACUCACUCUAAUGGGCCAGGCAGAAAUCCUUUAUGCAAAGACUUUCAAGGAGAAGUCACGACUCAACACCAUCUUCAAAAAGAUUGGGAAGCUCAAUUCCAUCAGCAAGCUGGGAAAAGGCAAAAUGCCGUGCCUCAUUUGCAUGAAUCACCGGACCAACGAGAGCAUCAGCCUCCCAUUCCAGUGCAAGGGCAGGUUCAGCACCCGAAGCCCCCUGGAACUUCAGAUGCAGGAGGGCGAGCACACCAUCCGCAACAUUGUGGAGAAAACCAGACUUCCCGUGAACGUGACCGUGCCCAGCCCUCCACCGAGGAACCCGUACGACCUCCACUUCAUCCGUGAGGGGCACCGCUACAAGUUCGUGAACAUCCAGACCAAGACAGUGGUGGUUUGCUGUGUGCUGCGGAACAACAAGAUCCUCCCCAUGCACUUCCCUUUGCACUUGACUGUCCCCAAGUUUAGCCUCCCAGAACACCUGGUGAAGGGGGAAGUGUGGCCUGAAACCCUGGUCCAUCACUGGCUGGGUAUCUGCCAAGAACAGUUCGACAUCGAUGAGUAUUCACGGGCGGUCCGCGAUGUGAAGACCGACUGGAACGAGGACUGUAAGAGCCCCAAGAAGGGCCGGUGCACUGGCCACAACCAUGUGCCCAAUUCCCUUAGCUACGCUCGCGAUGAGCUCACCCAGUCCUUCCACCGGCUCUCGGUCUGUGUGUAUGGCAACAAUCUCCAUGGCAACAGUGAGGUGAACCUCCACGGCUGCAGGGACCUCGGGGGAGAGUGGGCCCCCUUUCCUCAUGACAUCCUGCCCUAUCAGGACUCGGGUGAUAGUGGGAGCGACUACCUUUUCCCAGAAGCUAGUGAAGAAUCAGUGGGCAUCCCAGGGAAGUCAGAACUUCCUUACGAAGAGCUGUGGCUGGAAGAAGGCAAGCCCAGCCAUCAGCCUCUCACUCGCUCCCUGAGCGAGAAGAGCAGAUGUGAUCAGUUUCGAGGUUCUGUCCGGUCCAAAUGUGCACCUUCUCCUCUUCCUGUCCCCGGAACUCUGGGAGCAGCAAUGAAGUCUUCAGAGAUUGCCCUACCUCCACCUCCAGUGCCUCCCAAAUCUGAAGCCGUCAGGGAAGAAUGCCGGCUCCUGAACGCCCCGCCUGUCCCGCCCCGCAGCGCAAAGCCUCAGUCCACCAGCCCCUCGGUCCCUCCUCGCACAGCCAAGCCGGCGCGGCAGCAGACUCGCUCUCCCAGCCCCACCUUGUCCUACUAUUCUUCAGGGCUGCACGACAUCAGCGUUACUAAAAGUGACAUGAGUCCUCCUGAAAGCGCUCCCGUUUCCUGCUACCCAUGUACCCGAGUGAAAGCAGAUUCCAUGGACCCCAAGUCCCCGUUCGGCAGUCCCACUGCUGAAGCUCUGUCCUCCAGGCUCUCGUGGCCUAAUCAUUAUUUGGGAGCGUCAGAGACCCAGACCAGGAGCGACUUCCUGCUGGAUCCGAGCAGGAGUUACAGUUACCCCCGACAGAAGACGCCGGGCACGCCCAAGAGAAACUGCCCGGCAGCCUUCGACCUCGACGGCCACGAGCUGGCGGCCAGCCCACCCGGGCCCAGGCCCACAGAGCCCGGCGGUAGUGCCCCGGGGUGUCCCAAGUCGGCCAGCUACUCUCUGGAGAGCACGGGCGGGAAGACCCUGACUGCCGGCCCCGCCAAGCAGAGCAUCUCGUGCCCUGCCUUGCCUCCCAGGGCCCCGAGGCCAGUGGAAGAGAAAGCUGCCCUCGACACCCUACCUUUGCCUCUGCAAAUUGAUGGUGCUGAGGAAGACCCCGAGUCUGGGUCGCCGGACCUCUCCGAGGACCCGUACUUUGUUCAGAAGGGCACACAGGACAUCUUCUCCGUGUCUUACCCCUUCUCAUCACCCCUCCACCUCCAGCUGGCCCCCCGCUCCUGUGGUGACGGGUCCCCGUGGCAGCCACCUGCCGACCUGUCAGGACUUUCCAUAGAAGAAGUGUCCAAGUCCUUGCGGUUCAUAGGGUUGUCCGAAGACGUCAUAGCAUUCUUUGUGACCGAAAAGAUUGACGGAAACUUGCUUGUUCAGCUCACGGAAGAAAUCCUCUCUGAGGAUUUCAAACUGAGCAAACUGCAGGUGAAGAAAAUCCUGCAAUUCAUUAACGGCUGGAGGCCCAAAAUAUAGCCAAAUAACCCCAGGUAGCAUUGAACAAAACAAAUAAAUGUGUGUUCUAGAAGGGGAGGGCUGGGACACAGUUUCACAUUUUUUUGCACUAAAAACUUUCUCUGUAAAUAGGGAUAAGAGAAAACUCUUACUAUGCAGAUUAUGAUUUUGAAUGGUGA